ACUUCAGUAAUCAGUGCUCGCUAGCCCACCACGCCCUGAACCUAGCCCGGACACCCGCCAGGACAGGCCAGCCCAACGCGAUGCGACCGCCGCCUCAGGGUCCGCGCACCACCAUGUCCAUGGGCUCCCCGGUGCAGCUCAGGCGGCUGAAGCCUCUGUACCAGCUGGUGGUGAACAACAUCCUGGCCAUCGUGGCCGUGCCGCUCGCCGCCGCGGUCCUGCUCAAGGCGUCGUCGCUCGGGCCCGAGGAGAUCCUGGCGCUCCGGCCGGCGCACAUGUUCCUGGCCGCGUUCCUGCCUGCCGCGGCCACGGUGCUAUACCUGAUGCUCCGGCCGCGCGCUGUGUACCUGGUGGACUACGCGUGCUUCCGCACCAGCCCCAACUGCCGCGUCCCGUUCGCGACGUUCCUGGAGCACUCCCGCGUGUGGCCGGGCUUCGACGAGCGCAGCGUCCGGUUCAUGACGCGCCUGCUGGAGCGGUCGGGGCUCGGGGAGGAGACGUGCCUGCCGUACGCGCAGCACUACAUCCCGCCGUCGCGCGACCUGGAGUCCUCCCGCGCCGAGGCCGAGCUCGUCAUCUUCUCGGCCAUCGACGACCUGCUCGCCAAGACCGGGGUCUCCCCGCGGGACAUCGACAUCCUGGUGGUGAACUGCAGCCUGUUCGCGCCGACGCCGUCCUUCGCGGACAUGGUCGCGCACCGGUACAGGCUCCGCGGCGACGUGCGCAACGUGCACCUCGCCGGGAUGGGGUGCAGCGCGGGGCUCGUCUCCGUGGAGCUGGCCCGGAACCUGCUGCAGGUGGCGCCGCGGGGCGCGCGCGCGCUGGUGGUGUCCACGGAGACCAUCACCCCCAACUACUACAUGGGCGAGGAGCGCGCGAUGCUGCUGCCCAACUGCCUGUUCCGCAUGGGCGGCGCGGCGGCGCUGCUGUCCACCGACGGCGCCGGCGCGCGGUUCCGCCUGGCGCGCGUGGUGCGCACGCUGCGCGGCGCGUCGGACGGCGCGUACCGCUGCGUGUACCAGGAGGAGGACGAGCGCGGCAACGUGGGCAUCAACCUGUCCAAGGACCUGAUGAGCAUCGCGGGCGACGCGCUGAAGGCGAACAUCACGGCGAUGGGGCCCCUGGUGCUGCCGGCGUCGGAGCAGCUGCUGUUCGCGCUGUCCUUCAUCGCGCGCAAGGUGCUGAACAACCGGAUCAGGCCCUACAUCCCGGACUUCCGCACGGCGUUCGAGCACUUCUGCAUCCACGCGGGCGGGCGCGCCGUGAUCGACGAGCUCCAGCGCAGCCUGACGCUGUCGGACGAGCAGGUGGAGGCGUCGCGGAUGACGCUGCACCGGUUCGGCAACACCUCCAGCAGCUCCCUCUGGUACGAGCUCGCCUACGUCGAGGCCAAGGGCCGCAUGCGCAGGGGCGACCGCGUCUGGAUGAUCGGCUUCGGCUCCGGCUUCAAGUGCAACAGCGCCGCCUGGGAGUGCAUCCGCCCCGCCGCCAACGCCGACGGGCCGUGGGCCAACUGCAUCCACCGGUACCCCGUGCACAUUCCCGACGUGCUCAAGCACUGAGCCCGGCGCCAGCUCCAGUUUCGUGCCGUGCCUUGCCUUUCCCUUUUCCUCCUCGCCCGGUUGCCAUUGCACCUGCUGCUACAUUUGGUUUGUGGACAUCAAAACGAACCGCUGGAACAGCGAUUGGCCGUGGUCGUGAACUAGGUUGGUGGAAUAUGUGAUGGAGAGUGACAGAGUACUUGUCGUGUCGUAUCAACGGGGGCUCAAGGCGGCGGGGUGGUCGUCAUAAAGGAGGCGAGGUCGGGCCAGGCUGCCGUACAUGGGCGCCCGGGGAACGGACGUGUGUUGUGCUUGUCCGGGGCGUUGUUGUAUUAUCUACCAUUUACUAUUUCUUACAAUUCAUUCCUGCAGUAUACCAUGAAAAGAGAUAUGACAUGAGCUACUAGUAGACGACAAGACGAGCAAAAGCUUUGAUGUAUGUGUGCACCUACUCUUUAUACAAUCAAGUGUUCUCAUUUAAGU